AUGGUAUCUAUUAACAAAAGAUUAACAUUCCAAGUCGCUACUAACCCAGCUGACGAACGCACCUUGACACUGUCAUCCACCACCAAUAAGGGCCACUUUAUCUCUCUAAGACCUUUUGUCAGACCAACGGAGAGCGAAAAAGAUUUCCCUUAUGAAUGGGCUUUCGCCGGCACUUCAUCGCAUGCCAAAAGCAGUGCCACCGACGGUGACUCCAUUACAAUCGACUUCAACUUUCAAUUUGACACAAAUGUUUACUUGAAUAAGGAAAACACUCACAGAGGUGAAGUACACACUUUAUGGACUACGUGGGAAAGCGGUUGUGUUGAAGAAAGGGGCAAAGUUUUCCCAUUUGGUGCUGAAAAUGAAGGAGUGGACUUCUUCGAACUUUGGCAACCAAUCGAUGCUACUAGAGACGAAUUUGUAAUCCUUGGCAAUGAAAGUGAGCAAGACCCGAACGCUAGAUCUAUUGCUUUAACUUUGAACAACGGUGAAUUUGAAGGUUUGAUUGUUGUGGUUGGCAAAUGGGCUCAAGGUAUUCUAUUCAAGAAAAACGAUCACACUACGAAGGGCGUGAACAUUUUGAGAGCCGUGGAGAAGCAAAAGGGUCAAUGGCAAACUUUGCUCAAGUAUGGUGCAGACUUUGACAAAUUCCCUGUUAAAUUCGAAGCGGAGGAAGGUGCUUCAGUUGUUGCUGGAAACGCCACAUGGGAAGUUAUCGAAUCUAACGUCUAA